GGGGGUAAGGCUGUUCCUUGAUGGGGGGGCUUUACAACUCAGGUGGUCCAGCAGCUUUCACCAUCUUAUCACAGCGAAGGGGACCUUCCCUGGAUAGGGCGGGGGGAUCUCAGUGAAGAUGGGGUCAGCGUCUGCUCACCUUAGGUAAUCUGAGAUGGAGUCAGUCUGACACCCCUCAACAGGGAGCCUGAUGCAUCAGGCUGGGGAUUUAAAGAGGGGGGGCUGAGAGGGAGCCUCUGGCUGUUCAGAGCCGCCAGUCCUUGGCUGUGGCCUCUGCCCCACUGUGGUUUGAGUAUCUGGACACGUCUCUCAUUGCAGGCCUCCCAGCCGCUCAUGUUUUAUGCACAUCCUGUCGUAUGUACGAGUGCACACGUGUGCGGGACUCAGAACGGGUAUCGCGCUGCAAACGGCCUGCCGGCGGGAUGGGCGGCUCCUGGUUCCCGGAGUGGUGGCUGUCCAAGCCUGUGUCGGUGCGUGAGCGGCUGGGCCUCGGGGACCAUCCCAAUGACUCCUCCUACUGCUACAACUCGGCCAAGAACAGCACUGUGCUCCAGGGCGUCACCUUUGGAGGCGUCCCCACCGUCCUGCUCAUCGACGUCAGCUGCUUCCUGUUCCUAAUCUUGGUGUUUUCCAUCAUAAGAAGAAGAUUCUGGGAUUAUGGCCGCAUCGCCCUGGUGUCCGAAACAGAUAGUGGGUCCAGAUUCCGGAGGCUGUCGUCCACCUCCUCCUCGGGGCAGCACGACUUUGAAAACGAGCUGGGUUGCUGCCCCUGGCUGACCGCGAUCUUCCGUCUGCAUGACGACCAGAUCCUGGAGUGGUGCGGGGAGGACGCCAUCCACUACCUGUCCUUCCAGAGGCACAUCAUCUUCCUGCUGGUGGUGGUCAGCAUCCUGUCCCUGUGCGUCAUCCUACUCAACCUCUCGGGAGACCUCCUGGGCAAAGACCCCUACAGCUUUGGGAGGACCACCAUAGCAAACCUGAACACCAACAGCGACCUCCUGUGGCUGCACACUGUCUUCUCUGUCAUUUACCUGCUCCUCACCAUGGGCUUCAUGUGGCGCCACACCAAGUCCAUCAGGUACAAAGAGGAGAGCCUGGUGAGACAGACCCUGUUCAUCACAGGGCUGCCCAGAGAUGCCACGAGAGAGGCCGUGGAAAGCCAUUUCCGGAACGCAUACAUCACCUGUGAGGUGGCUGAUGUCCAGCUGUGCUAUGACGUGGCCAAGCUGAUCUACCUGUGCAGAGAGAGGAGGAAGACGGAGAAGAGCCUGGCCUACUACACAAACCUCCAGGCACAGACGGGCCGGCCAGCAUUCAUCAACCCCAGGACCUGCGGCCAUUUCUGCUGCUGCGAAGUGCAGGGCUGUGAGCGGGAGGAUGCCAUCUCCUACUACGCGCGCGUGCAGGCCCAGCUGCUGGGGCAGAUCGGGGAGGAGCAGCGCCUGGUGCAGGGCCGGCCCCUGGGGAUGGCCUUCGUCACCUUCCGGGACCAGGCCAUGGCCACCUACAUCCUGAAGGACUUCAACGCCUGCAAGUGUCAGGGCCUGGCCUGCAAGGGGGAGCCGCAGCCGUCCCCCCACAGCAGGGAGCUCUGCACCGCCAGGUGGACGGUGGCCUUCGCCAGCUACCCCGAGGACGUCUGCUGGAAGAACCUGUCCGUCCAGGGCCUCCGCUGGUGGCUGCAGUGGCUGGGCAUCAACCUCGCCCUCUUCCUGGUGCUGUUUUUCCUGACCACACCCUCCAUCAUCCUGUCUACCAUGGACAAGUUCAACGUCACCAGACCCAUCCACGCGCUGAACAACCCAGUCAUCAGCCAGUUCUUCCCGACGCUGCUCCUCUGGUCCUUUUCCGCCUUGCUCCCGUCCAUCGUCUAUUACUCCACGCUGCUGGAGCGCCACUGGACCAAGUCCGGAGAGAACUGGAUCAUGAUGAGCAAGGUGUACACAUUCCUGAUCUUCAUGGUGCUGAUCCUGCCGUCGCUGGGCCUCACCAGUCUGGACUUUUUCUUCCGGUGGCUGUUUGACAAAACGUCCUCGGAGACGUCCAUCAGGCUGGAGUGUGUCUUCCUGCCGGACCAGGGCGCCUUUUUCGUGAACUACGUCAUCGCCUCCGCCUUCAUUGGCAACGGCUUGGAGCUGCUGCGCCUGCCCGGCCUGGUCCUCUACACCUUCCGCAUGCUCAUGGCCAAGACGGCCGCCGACCGCAGGAACACCAAGCAGAACCAGGCCUUCGAGUACGAGUUUGGCGCCAUGUACGCCUGGACGCUGUGCGUCUUCAGCGUCAUCAUGGCCUACAGCAUCACCUGCCCCCUCAUCGCGCCCUUCGGCCUCAUCUACAUCCUGCUGAAGCACAUGGUGGACCGGCACAACCUCUACUUCGCCUACCUCCCCACCAAGCUGGAGAAGAGAAUCCACCUGGCCGCCGUGAACCAGGCCUUGGCGGCUCCCAUCCUCUGCCUCUUCUGGCUCUUCUUCUUCUCCUUCCUGCGUCUGGGUCUGAAGGCCCCUGCCACGCUCUUCACCUUCCUGGUGGUCCUGCUCACGAUCCUGGCCUGCACUGUCUACACCUGCUUCGGGUGUUUCAAGCACCUCAGCCCUCUGAACUACAAGACAGAAGCAGCGGCCAGUGACACCGGGAGCGCGGCCGAGGCCCCGGAGCCCCCGGAGCCCCCGGAGCCCCCGCCCUUCACGCCCUACGUGCCCCGGAUCCUGGACGGUUUGGCCUCGGAGAGAACAGCCCUGUCCCUGCGUCCGCCGCAGACCUACGGCGCCGUCCGGGACACCAGCGGGGCGCUGCCCGGGCACGGAUCCGGCCACCGCGUGGACGCGGCGCUCCCUGGGCUGCCCCGGAGCCCCGAGGACAGCGUGGCAAGGGCCCCCCGGGAGGCCUGAGGACGGGACGGCGUGGAGGAAGGCCCAAGGCACGCGCCACGCCCGCCACGCCACUUCUUCCCAGCUGUUUCCAGCCCCACCGUGGGGCUGGGCGCUGAGGCCUUGGGCUGCAGGAGCUAAGAACCUUUCUGCCUGCUCUCAGAAGCACUUGGGGGACGCAGGGCUGCACGUCUGUGGCUGCCGCCGGGACCCCGGCAGAGGUCACGCGUUGGACUUGGGUCCCAGCUCGAUGCUGGGUCACCCCUCGAGAACCACGCGGGCUCGCCCUCUGCAGGCCCUCGGGCCUGGGCGGGGCCCCGCCGGUGCCACCCCUGCGCCUCGCGGUGGCCUGCGUCUUCUGAGGGGCUGGG